CUCAUCUGGCGGUGGUCGUUUGCCACGCUCUGGAGUAACAGUUUGUGCUCACAGACCAUCCAACAUGAAGGCGAUGCUGUUGGUGGUAUUGGCCACAUUGUUGGUCGAAACUACGGCCAUAAGCAACAUGACUCGUCAAAUCAACUCGCGGUUGGGUCCUUCACUUCAGUCCUACAAGAUUUUGUUCAUUCCCGCGUCCGUAUUCAAGAGCCACUAUGCCAUCCUCCAGCCUUUGAUAUCAACCUUGGCGGAGAGAGGGCACGAGGUCUCCGUUCUGAGUCACGUCUACCUCAGUCAACGUCAUCCUAACGUCUCGUACUACGACUAUGAAUAUGAUUUGGACGAUUUUUUCAACAUGGAUCAUUUCAGAAAUACUUACGAAACUGCAAAAUGCGUCCGAGACAUCGCUAAUUUCACCAGACACUUUGCUACGAAGAUCUACGAUGACCCGGUCGUGAAAAAUAUCAUUGCCAAAAGGAACGAGUUCGACCUAGUCAUCUCUGACCAGUUUGCUUUUUUGGUAAAUUUCGAAUUAGUUUGA